UUUACUUGUUUAUUACCUUGUAACCUGACAGGUGGUCAGGUGUUUGGAAGAGACGUGAUUACAAAAGCGUUAAAUUAGUAUGCCUCCACUGAGAACUUUUAUAUUGGGUUCAGAUUAUUUUGGUGCGUGGAAAUCUGGCAAAUCACCUUUUCCGCAUUUUCUCCUUCUCUCCUCAUUCCCUGCACGUGUCUUUUUGGUUAGCACACUUGGUUUACUCCAGUUACUUCUUAAUUAGCUGCUUUACAGGAUUACUAAACAAGAUUAGAAGAAGGGAAAAAAGGAAAAUCCCUUCCAUCUGCCUACCUGCCAAAGGAUUGCCACAGUUAUACACCUGCGCUCUUCUUUGGCAAUCUGGAUAGCACUUUAUAACAACAAUAUACUGCCGUAACUAUCAGUGGAUACGGUGUAACAGGUAUGCACAGGUGUGGGAAGGUUUGGUCACAUCGUCCGGAGUGAAGCAGCGACUAUUUUACAAAAGCUUAAUUUUCAACUCACAGGAAGUCACUAUGUGGAAGCUCACAUGGACCAGUGUCCUGUGUUGUUUAGGCUGUAUUUUUGCAGUAGGCCAGCUGGAUAUUUCUGCAGGGGAGGUUGACUGGAUUCCCAUGCUUGGAAAUCCAGAUAAGCAUUCACAAAGAUUGUUUCGAAUGUUUGUCGAAAAGCCUGGAGACCAUGGACUAUUGCCAAGGCAUAAGCGUAAUGUUUUUCUGUCCAGUGGAGUACGCCACUGCAGUCAAGAAACACUGCAGCAAGCCAUCACUGACCACCUCAAAUACUACCAGCUCAGAGUGUGUCAGGAAAUCGUGUGGGGGGCUUUCAAAAUCUUCUUGGACCGCCUCCCCAAUCAAGAAGAAUACAAGAGCUGGAUGAGCCAGUGCCAGACAGAACGAGUCUCCAUACAGGAGAUUGGCGCUGCCUUUAGCCAAUCAGAAGAACACUUAGCACUUAUCCACAGAAGACUUGCGCAGACAAGACUGAAAAGUAAGACACCUACAUACUCUGUAUGCAGCAGUACUGAGGAGUCUUCCCAAGAGCAAGACCGUGUGCCACCAGGUGAUGAGCUUCCAGCAGAGACCACUGUGGUGGUGACCACAGCAGUUCCAGAUGAGGUUAUCUCAGAGAGCAUGAAAGAAGUUACUGCAGAAGCACCAUCUGCUGUCAUGAUAAUGAAGAUGGAUACUGAGAUCACUAAUGAGAUUGAACAGGAAGCAGCUGCUUUGCCUUCAGGUCCUCUGGUUGAGCAGAGGGUGGAGUUGGCUAUGUUAUUGACUGGAGAACCAUGGAGUGAAGAGCUGUUCAACUCCACCAGCAGUAAACAUGGCAGACUCACUCAGAGGAUCACAGAGAAGAUUUCAGAUGCUUUGGAGGAAUUAAAAGAAUUCAAGAGUGUAUCAGUAUUGAACAUCAGGCCACAGCUGGAUCCCUUAAGUGGUGAUAAAGCAGUAUUGGUGGAAUAUGUUGUGUCCCUCCAGUCCAGCAGUGAAAAGAUCAGCAGUGAGACACUAGACUUCAUUCAUCUUCAAUCCAACAUGGUAGAGGGCACCUUUAGUUACUUAGAGAGGCCCACUGUUCAGUACACCAUUAUUGACCUCCACCUUGACAUCACUGAGGCUCUGCAUGUGGAAAUCUCUCCAGAGGAAACCCAUCCUGCAGAGGAAUCUAUAGACCCCGACCACAAGGAUGAUAUUUUAGCAGUAGAAACACCAUCCAAGCUGCCAGAAGAGGUGGUGCAGGAGGUCUUUACUGUUGGUGAACUUUUGGAUUCUACAAUGUCAGAAGAGGAAGACCUUCAAGACAAGGACUUGGUGUCACAGUUUCCUCCUAACCAAACUCUUGCUGUGGAAGGUGAAGCUGUAGCUCCCUUUAUUGACAACAAGCAAGACUUUGACUUGACAAUGGAUGACUUUGAUCUUGCUUCUGGAUCUGGUGCAGAAGACGAUUGGGUAACUGUUCUUACUAGGGCUCAAGAGCCAGAUGGAGAGACAGAGGGUAAGAAAGAGGUUUUAAGUGAUGUAGACAAACCACAAAUAGAGGACUAUGAAUUCUACACAAUUGCAACAGUGGUUGAAGAGGACCAGAUCUUGCCUGAGAAAACUCCUGAACUGAUUACUGUUAAAGCUGGAGAAGAUGGAAACCUACAGGUUGGUAGCAAUGUGCCCACAAUGCCACCAGUCAAAGUGGCUGAGGCAGAAUCUACCCUAAAACCCGAAGAAGACCUCAUACUACCCGAAGACAAGGAGGGAACUAUUUUAACAGAAAAGCAGAAGGAUGGGGAAACUGAAGUUGCAUUGAUCACAAAGGAUGAAUCAGAAGAGGUUGAAGUAGAGGAAUUGGAAGAAUCUGUUGACAGUACCACAAUGGCACAUCAGAAUGAUUUCGUACUAACAGAUGUUUCAGAUAUACAGUUUUCAGAGGAAGUUCUAACAGAGGAUGAGAUCAUAUUGGUCACCAUUGAACCAGCAAGCCCAGUCUACCCAACACUUAUUCCACCUGAGAAAGAACCACCCUUCCCCCUCAACCCCAUGAUGACCCCAGCGGAGGUCGAGUUAGUGCAUACCUUAAACUCAGAAGUCAUGACUACAUUUCUAGAUGUGAUCCAUUACAAAGAGGUAGAGGGUAGUGGCAUCCCUGGUGUCAUCCAGGGCGGUGAAGUUUCCAGCGUUGCCUUGCCAACUAACCCUGGGCGGUCUUUGAUGGUGUUUUUCAGUCUUCGUGUAACUAACAUGAUAUUCUCUGAGGAUCUGUUCAAUAAGAGCUCUGCAGAGUACAAAGCCUUGGAGCAACAGUUCCUUGAACUGCUGGUACCAUAUUUGCAAUCAAACCUCAGUCACUUCGAGAACCUGGAGAUCUUGAACUUCAGAAAUGGAAGCAUUGUGGUGAACAGCAGAAUGAAGUUUGGGAAGCCUAUUCCUCGUGAAGUCAUUACUGCUGUUUACAUCAUUCUAGAGGACUUCUGCAACACCGCUUACCAGACCAUGAACCUCGCCAUUGACAAAUAUUCAUUGGAUGUUGAAUCAGGGCAACAGGCAGACCCGUGCAGGUUUCAGGCAUGUAAUGAGUUUGCUGAAUGCACAGUGAACCAAUGGUCAGGUGAAGCUGAAUGUGUGUGUAAUGCUGGUUACUUCAGCGUGGACGGACUACCCUGCCAGAGCAUCUGUGACCUUCAACAUGACUUCUGCUUGAAUCAUGGGAAAUGCGAUGUCAUUCCAGGCCAAGGAGCCAUCUGCAGGUGCCGUGUUGGGGAAAACUGGUGGUACCGAGGAGAACAUUGUGAAGAGUAUGUUUCUGAGCCACUCGUGGUUGGCAUUGCCAUAGCAUCUGUUGUCGGAUUCCUUCUGGUGGCGUCAGGAGUAAUCAUCUUCUUAGUAAGAACUCUGAGACACCAGUAUGAUAAGGAUGAAACGGAGGACCCAGUACGGGGAGAGGACAGCCCACCAUUUCUAGACAGGGCCACUAAGUAUAACCCCAUGUUCGAGAAUGAAUUCACUACAGGUUACAGCCAUUACUACCAGCAGUACCCCGGGCCCUUAGUUCACAGCAGCCCCAGUGCUGAGGCAUCCACAGAGUUCAGCAGCGAAGAGAUACGGCAUGUUUAUGAGAACAGUGAACUCACCAAGGAGGAUAUUCAAGACCGCAUCCGCAUUCUUGAACUCUACACAAGAGAUCAUCAGUUUGCAGAUUUUUUGAAGCAGCAUCAAAUGCGAGUAUUUUAUUUUUAUUUUUUUAAGAUGCCUUAACCUAUAGCUUUGCUUAUUUUCUUCCCUCAUGUCAUUUUAUUUUUAUUUUAUCAGAGCGAUGGAUCAUCAAAGGGAAAGUUCCUCCAAUAAUCAAUAGCUGUCCAGUGUCCAAUAGCCUGCUGAGUGCAAAACAAUGAAGAAACUUGCAUUGUCUUUUGGUAAAUGGCACCUUAGUGAUUCCAGAGCAAUUUCUCUUCAGCCUCUCAGAUUUUACCAUCACAAAUUAAAAUGGCUACCUAUGGAUACUUCUUAAAAUAAGAUUCAAGGAAUUUUCUGUCACAGAACAGGAUCUUGGUCACAAAAAAAAUAUCCUUGUCAUUCAUUGAAAUGUUUUGUAAGUGCCUUCUGAUCUUAAAGCUGUGGCCCAUCUCUCAGACAAUCAAUCUUUGGUGUUAAACAAAAAAAAUCCUUGAUGCAUUAAUCCUGAAAGUUACUUGAAUCAUAGACCAUUAAUCUUGUAUUACCCUUUUAGUACAUUGCUGUACCUUCACUGCUUCACUGCUUGUCAGAGAUUACAAGCUGUUUUGUAUUAAGUCAAAUCAGGCUGCUUAUUUUAAUUUUUAAGACGUUUAAGAAGUUCACUCGUGGCCAUCUUGGAUGCAUCCGGGCAGCUAUUUUCUAUGUAGGUAUUAACAUUUUUACAAGUACAGCUCCUAUAUACUUGAAGAUUGACCAAAACCACCAAGACAUUUUAAAUAAGUAGUAAAAUCUGACAGCAG